CGACUGAGCAGGUGCUGCGGCUGCGCACUUUCAGCCAAAGGCGUCCCUCCUCCUCGACCUGCUAGCCACGCGGCAGCGCCGGGCAGUAGCAGUGCGACCGCGCCGAGCGCCCACACACGAACAGCGUCGAGACCACGGGUCGAGACCACGCGCCCCUACCUGACACAGGCGGCGAAAAACGCUGAGAUCUGCUGCUUCCCAGAGUUUGGAUCGAUUCUCGGCGUAGAGACUGAAAACCGAUCUGCGCGCCGCUCUUGGCACAUUUCGACAGACGUUGUGUUUGCUUGCUGGGUUUACCGAACUGUCUAAGGACUCGCAAGUUGAAAUGCGGUGGCUAUAUCGUCGAGACUAAUACUGCGCGUUACCUCGCCGGGCUACAUCAUACCGAAGAACAGCAACGGUGAGACUGCCAUGGCAUUCAGUCAGCUGUCGGCGGCUGUUAGUGUUUCGUCUGCUACUGCCCGUCUUCUGCGAGCGUGUGUUGGCGCCUCGGCUGUGGUUGUGCCCGCGCGUUCAUGCUUUUACAAGAGGAGCCGUAAAGGUAGCGACGACUAUGAGCGGCCGCCGCCCCAGGUCGACUACAGGACGCUGUUCCAGAAUAGUUACAAGUUGCUGAAAGCAGACGCGCGUCAGUUUAGCGACGAGGUGGUCGAGGCGCUGCGCGGUGACCCCGCAAUUUACGAACACGGCGACUGCGAAGUCUUCUGGAAGUUCGACGCCAAGACCAUCGACGAGUGGACGGUGACCACCGACAGGGACAACAACGAGGGCUUCUCGCGCGCCGAGUUGGCGCCGGGACCUGCCGGCGCCGGCGUCUUCUCGGGCUACCUCGACACCCGGGUGCCAAAGGACGGCAAGGUGGCCGAGACCGGCUACUGCAACAUCCGCUCGCCCCGGGCGAGGCGGCCGUUCGGCAUGCCCGCCGCCUACGAGUGGUCGGCGUUCACGCACCUGGAGCUGCGCAUUCGCGGCGACGGGCGCACCUACAUGCUCAACCUGGGUGCCGACCAGUACUUCGACGUGACGUGGAACGUGCUGUACCAGUUCCCGCUGUACACCCGCGGCGGGCCCUACUGGCAGCUGGCGCGCGUGCCUUUCUCCAAGUUCUUUCUGAGCAACAAGGGACGCGUGCAGGACAAGCAGGGCGCCGUCGACCUGACCGGCAUCAAGCACCUGGGCAUCACGCUGGCCGACGGCAUCCCGGGCCCGUUCCGGCUCGAGAUCGACCACGUCGGCGGCUACGUGGACGGCUCGCACAGCGAGGAGUUCGCCUACGAGAUGUACGAGGUGCCCUUGGGCUACGGGCUCGGCGGCUGACGUGGUGGUACUGUGGAAGUGUGUUGGCGUGCCGUUGUUGGCUAGACUUGUGCAGAAGUAAACGUGUUUUUUAAGAGAGGCCACGCAAGAAUACUCGACGUGCUCAGCCCAAGCAGUACACAGCUGUACUGAACUUUAGCAGCAAUACUAUUGGUUCGUGCAUGAUCACCUGUGAGUCUCUUUCCCGUUCGGAAAGUGGCAGCACGUGUGUUGGUUCCAUCAACGUUUCUGCAGCUUCGUACUGAUUCAGCAGGAAGACAUUGGGCAGUGCAUAGAAACUUUUAGAGGUUGGAGUGAGCACAGAUUGUCCAUUAUACGAGUAAAUGCCCUUGACGUUUUUAAAGGGCCAUUUAAAGUGGUAUUUGACGUUUUCCAGUUUGAUUUACCUUCUUAACAUUACCUUAUCCUUUAAAUUUCAUUGGCACAGUGAGGAUGUAAAGUGUGUCAUAGUCUAAGCUUGAUAAAAUUGUCAGUUUAGAAGUAAUGGAUGAUGCAUAUCUCCUGGGCUAGGAUGGCCAACUCUCGAGUGGACAAAGAGACUGGCGACCCUGUUAGUGCUGCUUGUCUGUAUGUGCAACAAAGACGGCUACUAAUGCAGACGGAGGUACUAUGAACGAUUGGGGCCUACAGCAGAGCUAGAACAACACAAAUGAGACCACCUAUAUGUUUAUGACAAUGUGACAAAACACAAAAAAGAAUGUGCAAGUGGCAUUAUAAAAAAAAUUAUUAUUUCAGGCAUUACAAAAAUAAGUUUUUCUGGUGUUCAAGAGUUGGGACAUGCAACAUUUACUCAAAAGUUAGGGUGGUUGACAACUCUACCCAGGGCACCUUUUAGUAUGGGUUAGGGCAGCCAGUCGCUGUUUUUUGUGUUUUACUGCAAGCUAUCAUUAUAAGCUAGAAAUGUAUCUGGCCAAGCCGCUUUCCAGGGCCAAAUGGUAGCAAGGAAAGGGCACACUGUCUUGAAGUGAGACAAGAGUAUAAAAAAAAACCUUUGUGCAGGCUCUUGCUUUAAGUAUUUUGCUCCCACAGGAAAAAACAAAUUACGUAUAAAGCCAAAAGACAAUAGAUGGAAUUUAUUCACAGGAAAGACAGAGAAGUCAACCUGAGCUUGUGCGCACUAGUUUGCUACUCUGCACUGGGGAAGAGGGCAGUGAAAGUACCUGGGUGACUAUGAGAGAAGUGGGGAGUGCUUGUGUACAUUAGACAGUGGCCCUACAAGAGCCGCUCGUCUAGUUUGGUGUCCUGCAGAAACUUCAACAGUGCUUCAGUUGCCCGCAUUGAAGUUGCAGUGUCCGGCCAUGGGCAGAGGAUGGCGUCCUCCGACAGUGGUUGCCUGCAAACGCUGGCUAGGGAACUUUCCAAUGUCCUUUGCUCCAGAAUAUACACUCUGCAAUCACACAAUAUGUGUUCUAGCAUUUCAGGUGUCUGGCAGUGCUCACAAUCAGGGCAGUUCGACUGGCCGAUGAGGUGUGCAUAGCAAUGGGUGAAAGCAACGCCCAGAUGAAUACUUUGUAGCAAUGACGUUUUGCUCUGCGUAACCAUCGGGGGCAAACAGAAUUUACCAUCUGGGUCGAUCAUAUGUAGGCGUCUGGAUAUUGUCGUCGUGGGCUCCGUGUGUUUUUGUAAGGUCUUGCACGAGUGCCUUGCUCAUAGAGUUGGUGUCAAGUCGCCACUAGGCAAUCUGUACUUCAUCAGAGGAAGAGAACGCCAAUUUUGCUUCGGUCAGUCAAUUCAUUGACAAUCGCACCACAAUGACUAGGCACCCAUUGAAACCUUAUCAUGUGGCUACCUAACUCGGCACUGUGAAGUUCAGUGAUUUCCUGCAUAAGGAAAAUCAAUUAUUGUUUUUAAGAAAUGUAGAUAAGAAUGUGGAGACAAAUCUACAUCUUCCACAUUGCAUGUGCAGCAUAGGUUGGCACAAUAAGUGGACACCAUUCACGCUUCUACUCGCACUUGCAUUUCGUGUUCCUUCACACUUGCCAGCACCCACCUACUCCACCCUCGCUGUCACUAGACUGGACACUCAUUCCGUGUCCAGUCACUCACUGAUACUCUGUCCCCAAAUUAGUGUCGAGCGUUGAACACCUUAAAUGGACACUAAAGCCAAAUAUUAAGUCAAGCUAAAGUGAUAGAUUAAUGCUCAAGAAUGUCUAAAGCAUCACUAUUAUCGCAAACAAAGCUUUAGUUAUUGAAGUAAAUGCAGGACACGACUUGCGACACGCCCGGGACAUUAAACUAUUAGCCCGAUGAUGUAGGCAGUUAUAAUUCUGUCAAUACUACCCAACUGCUCGUGUAAAUAAAACAUUGUAUUGCAUUACAAAACUGAAUAAAAUGCUGCCUGCCA